ACUGAAGUCGCAGAGUAAUGAUGUUGUGAAGUCGCCGCCCGUCCCUGCCACGCCCGGGGCGGUUACCAGCUGCGACGGCGGCAGCUUGGCUGCUGCUCUGAGGCUGCCGCCGCUUUAGAAGCUUCUCCCUGAGGGAACGCGGGCGGAGGGCAGAGGAGUCCGGGCCAUUUUCGUCAUGACUGUCCAAGCUGUCCUCCUCAACCAAAGCACGAAAGGAUCCUGCAUGAAUCAAUCCCAGAAUGCCAUUUUUACAUCACCAGCAGGUGAAGAAAACCUCAUGAAUAGCAAUCACAGAGACUCAGAGAGCAUCACUGAUGUCUGCUCCAAUGAGGAUCUCCCUGAGGUUGAGCUGGUGAGUCUGUUAGAAGAACAGCUACCCCAGUAUAGACUGAAAGUGGACUCGCUCUUUCUAUAUGAAAAUCAAGACUGGACUCGGUCCCCACACCAGCAGCAUCAUGCAUCUGGUGCCCUCCCUCCAGUCGUUGCUGAAGAGACUUUCCGUUAUAUGAUUCUAGGCACAGACAGGGUGGAGCAGAUGACCAGAACUUACAAUGACAUCGACAUGGUUACACAUCUCCUGGCAGAGAGGGAUCGUGAUCUGGAGCUAGCUGCUCGAAUUGGACAAGCUCUCUUAAAGCGAAAUCAUGUCUUGUCUGAGCAGAAUGAAGCCCUGGAGGAACAAUUGGGACAAGCUUUUGACCAAGUUAAUCAACUGCAGCAUGAGCUAUCCAAGAAAGAUGAGUUACUUCGGAUUGUGUCCAUUGCUUCUGAAGAGAGUGAAACUGAUUCCAGCUGUUCUACACCUCUUCGGUUCAAUGAGUCCUUCAGCUUAUCUCAAGGCUUGCUACAGUUGGACAUGCUGCAAGAAAAGCUCAAGGAACUGGAAGAAGAGAAUAUGGCUCUCCGAUCCAAGGCUUGUCACAUAAAGACAGAAACUAUUACUUAUGAAGAGAAGGAACAACAGCUUGUCAGUGACUGUGUUAAAGAACUUCGUGAAACAAAUGCUCAGAUGUCCAAAAUGACUGAGGAAUUGUCUGGGAAGAGUGAUGAACUGAUUCGAUACCAAGAAGAGAUCUCCUCUCUCUUGUCUCAGAUUGUAGAUCUUCAGCACAAACUUAAAGAACAUGUGAUUGAAAAGGAAGAACUGAGACUUCACCUACAAGCUUCCAAAGAUGCCCAGAGACAACUGACAUUGGAGCUGCAUGAGUUACAAGACAGGAAUAUGGAGUGUCUGGGAAUGUUACAUGAAUCCCAAGAAGAAAUAAAGGAACUUCGUAGUAGAUCUGGCCCUGCUGCUCAUCUCUACUUCUCCCAAUCAUAUGGAGCUUUUUCUGGGGAAUCUCUGGCAUCUGAGAUUGAGGGGACCAUGCGUAAAAAGUUGAGUUUGGAUGAGGAAUCUUCUCUCUUUAAACAAAAAGCCCAGCUGAAACGGGUAUUUGAUACUGUCAGGAUUGCCAAUGACACACGGGGCUGCUCUAUCCCAUUCUCAGCUCCGCUAUCCAUUCCAGGCUCCAACCGCUCAAGUGUCAUCAUGACAGCAAAACCUUUUGAGUCUGGUUUACAGCCAACAGAGGACAAAACACUCCUGAGCCAGGGGAGCAACUCAGAGGAGGUUCCAGGGAACAUUCAGAAGCUGGGUCAACAAGAACCCUCUGGAGAUAGUGAUUUGGCUACAGCCCUGCAUCGCCUUAGUCUGCGGCGACAAAACUACUUAAGUGAGAAGCAGUUCUUUGCUGAAGAGUGGGAGCGGAAGAUCCAGGUUCUGGCUGACCAGAAAGAAGGGGUUAGUGGCUGUGGCACCCCAACAGAGAGUAUUGUCUCUCUCUGCACUGACCAGUCGGAGACCACAGACCUCAGCAGUGCCAGUUGUCUUCGAUGUUUUAUGCCUGAAAAAUUACAAAUUGUCAAGCCACUUGAAGGAUCACAAACUCUGCACCACUGGCAGCAGCUUGCUCAACCAAAUUUAGGAACCAUUCUUGACCCACGACCAGGUGUCAUCACUAAAGGCUUUACCCAGUUGCCCAAGGAUGACGUCUAUCACCUCUCGGAUUUAGAAGAGGAUGAAGAGGAAGGUAUCACUUUUCAGGUUCAGCAGCCUCUUCAAGUGGAACAGAAACCUACAGAUCCCAAGCCAGUAACAGGAAUCUUUCUGCCCCCCGGUACAUCAACAGGUCCAGUUACAGUUGCAACCUCAAACCCAGGAAAGUGUCUGUCAUGCACAAACUUGACAUUCACCUUCACCACCUGUAGGAUAUUACAUCCCUCUGAUGUCACUCAGGUUACCCCCAGCUCUGGGUUCCCUUCAUUAUCCUGUGGGAGCAGCAGUAGCAGUUCGUCAAACACGGCAGUGAAUUCUCCUGCUAUGUCCUAUAGACUCAGCAUUGGUGAAUCAGUCACCAACCGACGGGAUUCCACCGUAACCUUCAGCAGCACCAUGAGCUUGGCCAAACUUCUACAGGAGCGAGGCAUUUCUGCUAAAGUGUACCACAGCCAAGUUUCAGAGAACCCCCUUCAGCCUCUCCCUAAAGUCCUGGCUACCCCUUCCACACCCCCAAAUUCACCAUCUCACUCACCUUGCCCUUCUCCUUUGCCCUUUGAGCCUCGAGUACAUCUCUCUGAAAAUUUUUUGGCCUCCCGACCGGCUGAAACAUUCCUACAGGAGAUGUAUGGCUUGAGACCUUCCCGGAACCCUCCUGAUGUUGGCCAGUUGAAGAUGAACUUAGUAGACAGGCUGAAGAGACUGGGGAUAGCCAGAGUGAUUAAGAGCCCUGAUGCCCAGAAAAAUGGAAAAAGCCAAGAGGCAGAAAUUGGUCUUCGAAGACCAGACUCUACUGUUUAUUUAAAUUCAGGUAGCAAUUUAUUAAGUGGAUUGAGGAGGAAUCAGAGUCUCCCGAUCAUGAUGGGUAGUUUUGGCACCUCAGGUUGCACAUCCUCACACAAAAUGGAUAUCCUGCAGGAGGACUGAGGCUCAGCAGCUAACCGAACUCCUACCGAUUAGCACAGGAAGGACAGAUUCGCAUGAUGUGUGUAGUCUGGUCUGACUGAGAGGAAAGGAAUGUGCAGAUGGGCUGUGAAUGUGGGAAGAGGGAAGUGGAAGAUUGGAAACAAGUGGGAUGAGGUCCAGGUGAAUGAGGUCUCAUAAAGUGAAAGUGUAAAUGAAUAGGUCAUGGGUGGAGACAGAAAAGGAACAAAAGUUUAAUACACUCCUUCAGUUGGGUUUUUUGUCUUGAAAAUAAAAAGUGGCCAGAAAAUAAAUUCAAUAAUAUUGAAAUAUACCAGGAAUACUUAAUUUGCUAGCACAUUUACUCCUGGUAAUGAUAGCAGAGAACACAGGUUAGGAGGAGGUGGGAAGAGUAAAGGAGCAGCUUAGUUGCCUACAAAAAGCUGUUGUGGAAGGUUGCUGGGGGAAGCUCAGCCUGUUACUGAGACGACAGUGAGGUGGCUUUUAUGUUUUUUCUUGAUAUCUGGAUAAAUUACACUUCUAUCACAUGGCAAGUUCACAGCAUUAGCAAGCAAGGAAUUUUACCUUUUUCAUAAGAUCAGAAGACUUAUGAAAAAAGUAAAAGACUCUUUGUUUCUAUUUUCUAUUUUCAGGCCUUUGAGUCUCUGGGAGCCCAAACACCACCCAAAUUCCUUUUGUAUUUGUGAUUAACAAAAGUUCAUUUCUUAAA